GAAAUGUGUUUGUUGUAAGCCUGGCAGUUGCCGACUUGGUUGUAGCAAUCUACCCAUACCCACUGGUCCUCACAUCUGUAUUUCACAACGGAUGGAAUCUGGGAUACCUUCACUGCCAGAUUAGUGGCUUCUUGAUGGGCCUAAGUGUCAUUGGAUCAAUCUUCAAUAUUACAGGCAUCGCUAUCAAUCGGUACUGCUAUAUCUGCCACAGUCUCAAAUAUGACAAGCUGUACAGCGACAAGAAUUCAUUAUGCUAUGUUGUUCUUAUCUGGAUCCUAACAUUUGUUGCUAUCGUGCCCAACCUGUUUGUGGGAUCGCUACAGUAUGAUCCCAGGAUUUACUCAUGUACAUUUGCACAAUCUGUGAGCUCAGCAUAUACAAUAGCAGUUGUGUUUUUCCAUUUCCUGCUUCCCAUAGCCAUAGUUACUUUCUGUUACUUGAGAAUAUGGAUCCUUGUUAUUCAGGUAAGGCGAAGGGUUAAACCAGAUAACAACCCCAGACUGAAACCACAUGACUUCAGAAACUUUGUAACCAUGUUUGUGGUAUUUGUACUGUUUGCAGUCUGCUGGGCUCCUUUGAACUUCAUAGGCCUUGCUGUGGCUGUGAACCCAGAAACUAUAAUCCCUAGGAUUCCAGAGUGGUUGUUUGUAUCUAGUUAUUACAUGGCAUAUUUCAACAGCUGCCUUAAUGCUAUCAUAUAUGGACUCCUGAACCAGAACUUCAGAAGAGAAUACAAGAGAAUUAUUGUAACUUUUUGUACAGCAAAGGUUUUUUUCCAGGAUAGUUCUAACGAUGCAGGAGACAGGAUGAAAAGUAAACCUUCUCCACUGAUCACAAACAACAAUCAAGUGAAGGUGGACUCUGUCUGA